AUGAACGUAUUCUUAAAGUUUGAGGCUUUCCGAUGUCGCAGUAUUUCUCACUUUUGGCUAAAAGGAAGAUAUUUGACAGCUUUGUCUGCGCCUGAUAAUGCGAAUUGCAUCGUGAAAAGGACUCGGACUCGGCAUCCGAGUCAAAGACCACAACAUUAA